GAAGGAUACCACCUCGGCCGAUGAUAAAAAAGAGAGCAAUAACAUGGUGGACCAAGCAGUAUUGGAUAAAUUGGAAGCUGGUUAUGCCAAGCUGGCCGCUUCCGACAGCAAAUCAUUAUUGAAGAAAUAUUUGACGAAGGAAAUUUUCGAUCAGCUUAAAACAAAGAAAACAUCCUUUGGUUCGACCCUAUUAGAUGUGAUCCAAUCUGGUUUGGAGAAUCAUGAUUCUGGCGUUGGUAUAUACGCCCCUGAUGCCGAGGCCUAUACCGUUUUUGCUGAUCUCUUUGAUCCGAUCAUCGAUGAUUAUCAUGGUGGUUUCAAAAAGACCGAUAAACAUCCUCCUAAGGACUUUGGCGAUGUUGAUUCCUUAGGAAACCUUGAUCCGACUGGUGAAUUCAUCGUUUCGACUCGUGUAAGAUGUGGACGUUCAUUGGAAGGUUACCCCUUUAAUCCUUGCUUAACCGAGGCUCAAUACAAAGAGAUGGAAGAAAAAGUAUCAAGCACUUUAUCCGGUUUAACCGAUGAAUUGAAAGGAACUUUCUAUCCAUUGACCGGCAUGAGCAAAGAAGUACAACAGAAACUUAUCGACGAUCAUUUCCUCUUUAAAGAGGGUGAUCGUUUCCUUCAGGCUGCCAAUGCUUGCCGUUUCUGGCCAACCGGUCGUGGAAUUUUCCAUAACGACACUAAGACCUUCCUCGUUUGGUGCAACGAAGAGGAUCAUCUUCGUAUUAUCUCGAUGCAGAUGGGUGGUGAUCUUGGACAGGUAUAUCGACGUCUGGUCAGUGCCGUUAACGAUAUCGAGAAACGACUUCCAUUCUCUCAUAAUGAUCGUUUUGGGUUCUUAACAUUCUGCCCGACUAAUCUUGGUACGACGGUACGUGCAUCCGUACACAUCAAAGUACCCAAGUUGGCAGCAAAUAAAGAGAAACUUGAAUCAAUUGCCGCUCAAUACAAUCUUCAAGUACGCGGUACCCGCGGUGAGCACACCGAGGCCGAGGGUGGUAUUUAUGAUAUUUCUAAUAAGCGUCGUCUUGGAUUGACCGAAUAUCAAGCUGUCAAGGAAAUGCACGAUGGCAUUGCCGAAUUGAUCAAGAUUGAAAAGGAGCUCUAAAUAAAUUUAAGAGAAGGGAAAAGAUAAAAGGGGGAAAAAAAUGAAAAGAAUAUUAAAGAAACACAUCCCACAAAGAAGAAGACACACACUCCUCUUUAAGUGAUGAUGGAUAUCUAUAUAUAUAUAUUAUAUAUUUUCCAGUGUUUUGAAUUAUUAUUAUUAUUAUUAUUAUUACUAUUAUUAUUACUAUUACUAUUAUUAUUAUUAUUAUUAUUAUUAUUUUCUUUUUUU